GUUCCGUGCAUAUUAUUCAGUGUAUCCUUUGGCGUUUCUGUCCAAGCUCGGGUUGACAACCAAAAAAAAAAUAAAAAUAAAAAUAAAAAUCACAGAUAGGAGUUUGAAUGGAUAGCAUCCAGGAUUUCAUCAGGGGUAUUCCGAAAGUGGAGCUUCAUAUGCAUAUUGAGGGAUGCAUUGAACCGGAAAUGAUGUUUGCCCUGGCUGAGCGCAACGGCAUCUCUCUUCCAUGGAAAUCCCCGGAAGAGCUACAGGACGCUUACAGAUUCGAUAACCUUCAGUCGUUUCUCAGCUUAUACUUCGAGGGAUGCAAAGUGCUCGUCAAAAAGCAGGACUUCUAUGAUGUAACUCAUGCCUACCUGAAAAGGGCGCAUAUGGACAAUGUGGUCCGUGCCGAGCUCUUUAUUGGUCCUCAAACUUUCACCGAAAAGGGUAUCCCUCUGAGUGAACUCAUGGAAGGCGUGCUGGGUGCAAUUCGCGAUGCCGAGCAGGUGUUAGGCAUCAGCGCUGGACUCAUAGUUAGCACACAUCGCCAUCGGACCGAAGCGGAAGCGCUUGAAUUGCUCGAGUCGAUCAUGCCGUGGAAAGAACAUAUUAUCGGUAUUGGUAUGGGCGGGGCGGAGAUGCCCAACCCACCUUCGAAGUUUGCCACCUACUUCAAAGUAUGUCGCGAACGUGGAUUCCGGACCUGUAUCCAUGCCGGGGAAGAAGGCCCGAGUGACUAUGUGCGUCAAGCUGUCGAGCUCUUACAGGUCGACCGGAUCGAUCAUGGGAUCGCCUGUCUUUCGGACCCGGCCCUGGUCAGGGAACUGGUUCAAAAGCGGAUCACACUUACCGUUUGUCCAGUGUCAAAUCUGAAGCUCAAUGUAGUCUCGUCGCUUGAUGUUCAUCCAUUGCGAAUCUUACUCGACGCAGGGCUGAAGGUGACGAUCAACUCUGAUGACCCGCCUUACUUUGGCGCCUACAUAAAUGACAACUUCCUACAGUGCCACGCUGCGCUUGACCUUUCAGUCGACCAAGUUACCACUCUUGCUCGCAAUAGCAUCAAUGGCUCGUUCCUCCCUGAGCAAGAGAUACGCGCUCUGAUUUCGCGGUUGGAUUUGUACUGCGCUGAAUUCCAAAAGCGCCGGACUCACUAAAAGAUUUGUCGAUCCUCGUUGAUGGGAAUUCCCGUUCAAGACCUUAUUGGCAGCUUGCUCUAUUUUGUCUACACUAACAGCAGCUCCAUCAGAGUGGCGGAGAUGCAUAUAAGGCAAACAGGUGCCGCUCGGACCGGGAGUUUUGUUUGUUCAAGAGGGUGAGCUGGUUGGGUCUUGUCAACCACAAGUGUAGAGGCAGUGAAUCCCAACAUACUGGGUCUUCGGGUUUCGUCCUCAUACUGUCAUAGUGAACAUUUGACAGUCACUAUCUCUAGGCAACGGGGUUACUUUAAUCUAGAGAGAUCUAGCUAUGGUGUUAGCAUGAAUUAUAAAUAGUAUAUAAAUGGUAUAUUCUGAUAGAGUAUAUAAGGAUAGUGGAAUGCGCACACUUUGUACGCUGCAGC